CUGACCAAUAGAAAGGCUGACUUCUCGCCCUCUGCAGGCGCACGGUCCACCCUCCGUCUCAGCAAUACGCAGGCGCCAACAGGCGUGUGAGGCGCUCCAGGACGGCCAGUGCGCGGCGGAGCCCCUGAACGACCGCUGCCCAAUGAGGGCACAGAAUCCGCGCCCGGGGCGGGACCUGGUGAGUUUUCGGAGCGGCGGCGCGGGAGUCAGGAAGAUGGCUGCUCGGCGGCGGCCGCUUCGUGCCCACUGUGCACAGCCGCCCCGCGGUGACUUCUGUGAUAGUGCUAAGGAAGCGAUCAGCGAAGCUUCUUCUGCAGCGUCCAUGGAGUGGGACACGCAGGUGGUGGAGGGGUCCUCGCCGCUCGGCCCCACGGGGCGCGGGGCGGAGGAGCCGGCCGCCGGGCCGCGCCUGCCGUCGUGGCUGCAGCCCGAGAGAUGCGCCGUGUUCCAGUGCGCGCAGUGCUACGCGGUGCUCGCCGACUCGGUGCACCUCGCCUGGGACCUGUCGCGGUCCCUCGGGGCCGUGGUCUUCUCCAGAGUCACCAGGGACGUCGUUUUGGAAGAGCCCUUGCUAGUUGGUAUUGAAGGUUCGCUCAAAUUCAGCACUUACAACCUUUUGUUCUGUAAUUCCUGUGGGAUUCCCAUUGGUUUCCAUCUAUAUUCUACUCAUGCUGCCCUGGCUGCCUUGAGAGGUCAUUUCUGCCUUUCCAGUGACAAAAUGGUGUGCUAUCUCUUGAAAACAAAAGCCAUAGUGGAUGCAUCUGAGGUGGAUAUUCACAGUGUGCCCCUACCAGAAAAGAUUGCAGAGGUGCAGCAUAAGGUUGGCCCUACACGUAAAACAAGAGGAUGGUUUCAACGUGACGUGCUUCUUUUCAGACCAGAUGGUAUACACCAGGAACUACCACAACUAGGUUAUCAAGAAACUCAGGGUUUUGCUCUUUGAUGUCUAUUUCAGCACAUGUCUAUGGACCGGCUCCUCUUAUUAUAACUGCCUGUUUUGAAAUUCCUACAAUGAACAACACACAAUGAAGUUUCAGUGCAUUCUCAGCCCAUGCUGCUUUAUUGCUAAGAAGUAUAUACACACACACAGGUGCAGAGUUUCCAACUCUUACAAUUCUUUUUUACAUCAACGAAUAAAAUUUCUUCAGAAAUCCCAAAGAUGCAUAGAUUAUAAAGCAAGCUGCCUUUGUAAUACUUCAAACAUACUUAAUGAAAUUAUUUUAGCAUUUACCAGUGGUGCAAUGAAGAAUGUGCCGAAGAAGCAAGCAUAGUGAGCAACCCCUGUACUUGGACAGUAAAUAAACUAUAUUAUGAAGGACAUGCUAAUAUUCAAGAGAUGUGUGGCUUUAAGGUGUGUUCCCAAACUACUGAUUACAACGUAUUGCCAGAAUAGCUUUUUUUUUUUAACCUGUGGGAGAAUAUAUUUUAAUCAAUGGCAUUCCAUUCCGUCACCAAGGGAGACAAAACCUAUAAAUAGUUACUAACCUUAAAAUACCUAUGCUGACUUCAAAGGUUUAGGAGUAUGGAUCCCUGGAAAAAUCUGUGAUAUUUGGUUUUCUGAUAAUUAUUUUAAUAUGCUUUUCAGUGGAACAAUGGGAACAGAGUUUAGAUAAACUCUGACCUUAAAUCUCUAUUGGCUAGAAGAUAUGUUAUCACUAAGUGGCAGAGAGAUAAUUUAUAUAUGGAAGACAACAUCUCACUUCUUACACUUGAGAAACCAGACAUCACAAUGACAAGUUCCACUCCAAAUCACUGUUACCAUUCCACUUAAUCUAUUUCCAAAGAUAUUUGUUACAAAAAUCCCACAGCAAAGAAUAUGAAGUUAAAAUAACUUUGAAACAGUGCUUUUCCAAUGACAGAACAUGAAACUUGGAAGGAGCCUAGUGAAAGUCAUCUAGUCCGAUCCCAAAUUAUCGAAGGCUCCUUUCACUUUAUAUUAUUUGUCAUAGUCACUCACUUGGGUUAUUUCAAAGUCAAAAAUCUUCUCAAGCACUAUUUUUAAUCUAUGACAAUAAAUGUCUUGUUUCAUUAAGUAAAAUCAGGUUUUUCAUGUUUUUUCAAGUAGGAAAACUUUGUUUACAUGGAAUCAAAACUUGUGGCAAAAAAAAAAAAACAA